GCGUCAUCUUCAGCGUCAGCAUCGUCGUCCUUCCUCCUGGAAGACUUUCGCGGCAGUGGUGGUCCUCCAGAGGUGAAAAUUAAACCCCCUCUACCAUCAUCCUCAUCCACCUCGACAUCGGUGCAGUCCGUUGAGGCGGGACUCUGUGUGGAGGGGCUUUUGGGCACUGAUUCUAACGGUAGUCGUACGUUUCGUCUCUAUCCUUCUCUUGACUAUUAUUAA